AUGGGGACAGUGAGGUCCGCGGACGAUGACGUGGAGAGCGGGGUGGUGGGUGCCGGCGGCGGCGGCGGAGAGGUCAGGGCGCCGCUGCUCCUCCGGGACGAUCGCAAGGAGGAUGCGGAUGCCAAGAUCCAGGUGGACGAGGAGGUGGAUUCGUCCGGACGCGGCCGGGGAGGGUCCCUGUCGAUGGUCCUGCUCAGCACCGCCGUGGCCGUGUGCGGCUCCUUCGAGUUCGGCACCUGCGUUGGUUAUUCUGCACCCACUCAGUCAGGAAUAGUGGAUGAAGUCGGACUAUCCAUCUCUGGGUUCGCAAUUUUUGGAUCAAUAUUGACAAUUGGUGCAAUGGUUGGUGCUGUUACCAGCGGACGCUUAGCAGACUUUCUUGGGCGUAAAAUGACCAUGCAGAUAUCAGCUACUAUUUGCAUUUUCGGCUGGCUUUUUAUAUAUUUUGCUAAGGGUGCUACUAUGCUCUACUUUGGAAGAACCUUGUUGGGCUAUAGUACUGGAAUUCUUUCUUAUGUGGUGCCUGUGUUCAUAGCUGAAAUAGCGCCCAAGGAUCUCAGAGGGGGCCUUGCAACUUCAAACCAGUUGUUGAUAUGUUCUGGAAGUUCGGCUACUUACAUAGUAGGCGCGCUGGUUGCAUGGCGCAAUUUGGUAUUUGUUGGUAUAAUGCCGUGUCUUCUCCUCUUAGCAGGUCUUCCAUUCAUUCCAGAAUCACCAAGAUGGCUGGCUAAUGUUGGAAGGGAGAAAGAAUUUCGCACCUCAUUGCAGAAGCUUCGUGGAGAGAAUGUUGACACGUCAGAAGAGGCCAUCGAGAUUAAAGAGUAUAUUGAAUCACUCCAGAGCUUCCCAAAGGCCACGAUUCAAGACUUGUUUCUGAGCAAAAAUAUAUAUGCGGUCACUGUGGGUGUUGGCUUGAUGAUCUUCCAGCAAUUGGGAGGGAUAAAUGGUGUAGGAUUCUAUGCAAGCUCUAUCUUUACAUCUGCGGGGUUUUCUGGAAAACUUGGAACCAUAUUGAUUGGCAUUAUUCAGAUUCCCAUUACAUUGUUUGGCGCCAUACUCAUGGACAGGAGUGGAAGAAGGGUUCUUCUAAUGGUCUCUGCAUCUGGAACAUUCUUGGGCUGCUUUAUGACUGGAAUAUCAUUCUACCUAAAGGCGCACGGACUAUUCCCAGAAUGGGUUCCUGCAUUGGCUCUCUCCGGCAUCCUGGUAUACAUAGGUGCGUACUCAAUUGGGAUGGGCCCUGUCCCUUGGGUUGUCAUGUCUGAGAUAUUCUCGAUUAACAUGAAGGCAAUCGGCGGGAGCUUGGUGACCCUGGUUAGCUGGUUUGGUUCCUUCGCGAUCUCUUACUCGUUUAGCUUCCUCAUGGACUGGAGCUCAGCAGGGACUUUCUUCAUGUUCUCUGCGGCCAGCUUGGCAACUAUACUGUUCGUGGCAAGGCUAGUGCCCGAAACUAAAGGAAGAACACUCGAAGAGAUCCAAGACACGCUGAAUUCCAGAAGAUAAGGAUUAACAGAAAUGAUAAACACACCCCUUUAUCUCCAAUCAAUCGCCAUUUUUAACUCGCGGCAGCAUAUAUACAUCAUUUAUUAUUAUUAUUUCCUAAUAUUUUUCUACCCCCCAUGACCACCCCAUCCCCAUGUUAGAUUAGUGUCAUGUCGUGUUGUAAUGUACU